AUGUAAAAUACAUGCCUCUUGCAAGAGAACUUACAUGGAGAGUAAAGGCCGCCUGCUUCCUGUUGGAGCAUGGAGGCACAUCCAGAAUUUCACCCUCAGUCCUUCAACUGGCAUGUACCGAGCAACCGAUCAUCCCUUCAAAAUGAGCAUCAUUCAGAAUACGGCAAUCACAAGGUCUCCUCUUAACAACGAAGACAUGUUUCUGAGCUUGGUGGACUUCCAGACUGUUUUGGGUGGAUCACUCAAAACAUGUUUACUCAUUGAUGUGAUUGGUCAAGUUGUGGACUUGGGAGAUCUUGAAACUAUUCAAGUCUCAGGCAAACCAAGGAUGAAAGUGGAGUUUACCCUUCGCGACAUGAAUGAUGCUCGUGUUCCCUGCUGUCUGUGGGGUAAAUUUGCGGAGAUCCUCUACGAGGGGUGUAGUAAAGACGAAGACGGGAAGCCUAUUUGUCUAAUAAGGUUUGCAAAGAUCGGGAGAUUUAGAGGUGAACUCCAAAUCACCAAUGCUUUUGAGGCAUCACUGCUCUUGAUUAAUCCUGACAUAGCAGAAACUGAGGCUUUCAAACAAAUGUUUGUUGAUGAGGUUAAACCCCUCGCCAUUUGUGAGGGUCGUGAUGAAAUACUUGAUUUGGAAGAGGUGAAAAGUAUCCAAGACAAGCGUGACAAAUGGAUGCUCUUUCCUAAGAGAACCAUCCAUGGACUUCUUGAAUCCACUCAGGUGGAGAAGUGCUUGGUCGAGUGCAAAGUCUAUGCUAUUGACUCGGAUUGGGGCUGGUAUUACUUUGGUUGCUGCACAUGCAACAAAAAGGUAGUGAAAGUGGGAACUUUAGUUAAGACAAUUCAUGGAAAGGAGGUCACUACACAUCUCUGGUGGUGUGAGGUGUGCAAAGAGAAUGUUUCAAGUGUGUCACCAAGGUUCAAGCUCCAUUUGAUUGUGGUGGAUGACACAGGAGAAACAAAACUGAUGUUACUUGACCAAAUUGCCAAGGGAAUGAUCGUCGAAUCGGCUGCGACUCUCUUGAAUGGAUCAUUUGAUGAGGUACGCAUUACAUAGUGUGUAUUUUUUGUUAUUUUCGAGAUACUUGAGCUUUUUCUAAGUUAUUCUGAUUUGGUCUUUUUGUCAUCAAGCUUGAGGAUCCUACAGAUUUGCCUGACGCCAUCGUUGCUAUUGUUGGAAAGACUUUCACAUUUGGAAUUUCUGUGGAAAAGGAACAUGUUUUGUAUGGAUCUGAAAUCUACAAGGUUGGUAAAAUCUACCGUGAAAGCCAAAUUGUUUUCAAUGAGUCAGCCAAUGUUGAGAGUUCUGAGUCUGAUCAAGAUCUAGCUCUUACAAGUGGAGAAGAGGUAUGACUGUAUACUUAUUUUAAGUGAUGUGCAGUAUUUUAAAUUUUAAUGCAUUUGUUGUAUUAAUAAUGAGACUUGCUAAAGUUUAUGUUUCUUAUAUAUUUGUCAGAACUCUGUCAAUCUCCUUGACAAUGAAGAGCACAUUGAUUUGUCCACACCAUCCACCACACCAUCCACGAAGAGAAAGGGAGCAUGGUCAGACCCACCACGCGAUAUCACUUCGACUUCAAAGAACCUUCGCUCAAAAACUAUCAAGGUGGAGAAGAUGAGUGAUUUGGAGGCUGAAGCAGGCAAGAAGACCUAAAUCUGCGAGCAUGAAGUUUCUUUUUUUUUUUUUGGUUUUAUUUGUUUUCUUAUUUCUGAAGCACGUUCAUGUUUUGUUUUUUUUUUUAUAAUUGUUUGGUUUUCGUUUUUUAUUUUUGGUUAUGUUUUUGGUUAAACUUAUUAUAAUAAAGUAUGCUUCAGAAAAUUUCUUUCCCUUUUUUCCUUUAAUUUUUAAAUUGCUAUAUUUAUUAAAAAGCUUUGCUUGGUGUGUAAUCUACUAUUUACUCUAAAAUUGCAUAACUAUAGACUAAAAUUUGUUAACUCUUUUGAUUGUUCACAUUCAUAAAUCUAUGUAUAUCAACUGUGUUCCCUAACUACCAAUCAGUUUCAUACCUUUACGUAAUUAGAUAUGGUUUUAUUCGAGUCUGAUUGCGUGGAUUCAAUUACUAAAACAACACUUAACGAUUUUCCCAACCUUGUGACACACGCAGAUCUUUGUUUGUCAGAUGACGAAAAAAAGAAGCAGCCCUUAUAGAGAUCGAAAAGAUUUUAAAAAGUAAUGGAACUUCAUUGGCUAACUGGACCUCUAUGCCACAGCCACUCCCAGACAUCAUUAACGAAAACGUGCUGAUUAUGGAUGAGCUCAGUUACAACCGGGAGGAGUUAAAAGCUGAUCAUGAUCGUGACUUUCCAAAACUCACUGAUGAGCAAAGGAAAAUCUAUGAUGAGAUUACUGAUGCUGUUUUUACUAAGAAAGGAGGUGUGUUUUUUGUUUAUGGGUUUGGUGGAACUGGAAAAACCUUCUUGUGGAAGCUGCUUUCUGCUGCUAUCAGAAUGAGGGGUGAAAUCUGUCUGAAUGUGGCAUCAAGUGGAAUAGCUUCUCUAUUGCUACCAGGAGGAAGAACAGCACAUUCUAGAUUCGGGAUUCCUAUAAACCCAGAUGAGUUUUCUUAUUGCAAUCUGGUACCAGGAACUGAUC